UUUACCUGCCAGGAGCUGUCAUUAGACAAGGCGACACUGGAAUUUUUUUUGACUCUGAAAAUGAACAUUGGGAGGAUUUUCCUAGUCAAGUGCAUGCUGCUUUUAUUUCCCAGUGUAAAAUGCUCUGUUGUCAAUUGGAUUUACAAGGCAGUGAAUGAGACAGCUCUUCUCAACAUCGCUGCUCCUGGGGACAUAUAUCAUGCAAUAUGGCAGAGAGAUGGACAAAGGUUGGUUCAGAUAAAAAAUAAGGACGUUAAGCACUAUGUGAACAAAGACCAAUGCAGGUGUAAGAUACUCCAAAAUGGGACUCUGCAAAUACAUCAGGUGGUGAAAGGGGACAGUGGAAAUUACACAGUGACUGUUUAUCAGCAUGAUGGAAAAUGGAAGGCAGAAGAAAAGACAAGAUUCUUUGUUCAGGAGCCUGUCCCUCAGCCAAUCCUCAGUGCUGAAUGCAUGAAUAAAACUGUAUAUGUCAAGUGUGAAGUGGAGCACAAGGCUAAAGAUGAAGAAUUUACAAUAGAACUGGCUCAACCUAAUGGCAGAAAAAUCCAAAAGAAUGCAGCUAUGCUGGAAUUGCAGACACGGCAUUCUGGGACAUUCAGAUGUGCUGUUAAGAACCAAGUCAGUGAAAAAAUGGUUGAAAAAGCAAUCAAGUGCUCAGGCAAGCUGGACCUUUAUCUCAUCUUAAGCAUAGCAGGAGGUGCACUCUUUUUUGUCAUCUUUGUGAUUUGGCUUAUUUAUUGUAUCAAGAGGAGGAAAGCAAAAAGGCGUGAAGGUGACGAUGAGCAGCGGAUGAUGCAGACCCUGCCGGCGGAGUGUGAGCGGGCGGUGCGGGAGCUGCCCCCCACGCCGUGCGCUCCCACCCCGAAGCAACUGCGGGUGCAGCAGCGGCCGCUGCCGCAGCCCCAGGGGCAGCAGCAGCCACAGCCCCCCCGGCCCCGGCCCCGCACUCAGCCCCGCACUCCGAACCACCUGAAAGAAAGACCUUAAACGUGCGUCCCUGGUCGUCUGUCUUCUCCACCAUUCACUGGGGAAAGGAAGUUUCCAAAAGUCAGGAGCACCUCCCGCCCAGCCUUGCGUAAUGCUCAGCUAUGAAACGACAGCUUUUGUUGCAGAAAAUUAGGGAGAGAGCAUCAAAUGGAGAUGAGGAGAGCCGGUGGAGGAGAUUCAAGGUGAUGGGCAUUCAUCCCUGUGGCCAUUUUUCUUCAUGUGUCUCCAUGUUAGGGUAUGGAGCACUGAGCCUUGAAACCUCUGUCUUUCUGAGGUUCACUUUUUACCACACUUUGUUGUCUUCAUGCCUUUUGGAUGGUUGGUAUUAAGAAGAAGUGAAAGCUCUAGUGAGACAAAAUGGACCCAUGGAUCUUGCAGGGUUUUGUCAUGUAUAUUUCUCCUGCCACUCCUUAGGACAGCUCUCUGGAUUCAGCAUCAAACACAAAUAUGCGACCUCCUGGACCAAAAAAUAGUUGUAUGUAAUUAAAUGCUUGCCUGAAGUUGAAAGAAUCAGUGUCAUCUACUGCAGAGAAAAUACUGGAAGGACAUAUAAGAGCCUUGAAGCACCUGUGGGGGAAAAAACACGAGUGGGAAAGGAAUCAGCUUUCCCUUUUCCUUUUGCCACUGUGUUCAGAACAAGAAACCCUGAGCUUAAAUUGCAACAAGGAACACUUAGGUCAGGACUUUUUUUUUUUUUUUCUAGAUGAAACAUUGAAAUAGAUUUCUGGGAGAGGAUCUCUAGCACUGGGGGUUUCAAAGGGUGGAUGAGACAACUGUCUGUGAGGCAUCCUCAUCCUGCUGAGGGAACAUGCUACAGGGCCUCUCCAAUGACUGUUUCAGCUCAGUUUUUGUGUUGGCAAAUAAAACAAACUUUUAUUCUCA